AUGCGGUCCUGGUCUAUCCUUGGCACCGUAGCACUCCUACUGGUCAGCGAUUCCUGGGCAUUCAAGGCUCACGAUUUCAAGACAUGCUCGCAAUCGGGAUUCUGUAGGCGCGGUCGCGCACUCUCAGCACGCGCCAAAGAAGCAAAGUCGUCUUGGGUUUCGCCGUACCGCAUUCAAGAGGACUCCAUCAACAUUUCUCCUAGCCAAGCUGUAUUUACGGCAGCCGUGAAGGGCCUCUACGAAGAAAUCAAUUUCGGUUUGGAGGUUCGCAUCCAAGACGAUGGUGUUGUUCGAGUGCGGAUGGAUGAGGUUGGGGGUCUUCGUAAACGAUACGAUGAGACUGCAUCUUGGGCACUCAUUGCGGAACCUGUGAUCAGCGAGGACAUAAAAUGGGCGAAGUCGAAAGGAGCAACACGCGCCACAUAUGGGCAGAAGAAAGAAUUCGAGGUCAUCGUCAAACACCAACCUCUGCAGAUAUCUUUGCUUCGUAACGGAAAGGAACAAAUCGUUUUGAAUGGGGAUGGACUACUACACAUGGAACACUUCCGCAAUAAAGUCGAGCCUCCAACCUCAACAGAGGAACCAGAACCUGUUGAAGGAGAAAGUGCAGAAGAGGAAGCUGGAACUCAGAAGGUUCUCGAGGUGAAGACUCGUCCCACAGCCUGGUUCGAGGGCGAAACUGAGGAUGCGCUCUUCGAAGAAACUUUCUCUUCAUGGACAGAUUCAAAGCCAAAGGGCCCUGAGUCCUUGUCUCUCGACAUUAACUUCCCAAAUCAUGGAACUGUCUAUGGUAUUCCCCAGCAUGCCACGCGCCUUGCUUUACCUUCAACUGCAGGCGAAGACCCCACCUUCUCGGACCCCUAUCGCCUAUACAAUUCCGACGUUUUCGAAUAUCUCGCAUCCUCUCCCGUUUCUCUAUACGGCUCUAUUCCUCUUAUGCACGCUCACUCUGUCGACUCGACGGUCGCCGUGUUCCACGUAGUUGGCUCUGAAACCUGGAUCGACGUCUCUCACGCUUCGGACAAAUCAACCCAAACUCACUGGAUAUCCGAGUCUGGUAUUCUUGAUACUUUCCUCCUUCCAGGACCCACUGCGGAGGACGUCUUCAAGCAAUAUGCGCGUCUUACGGGGGCACCAGUUCUUCCCGCGGCCUGGAGUUUGGGAUAUCAUCAAUGCCGUUGGAACUAUGUCAGCAGUGAUGAUGUUCGUACAGUCCAGAAACGUUUCGAUGAGGAGGAUAUGCCAGUCGAUGUUUUCUGGCUCGAUAUUGAGUAUGCUGAAGAUCACGAGUACUUCAUGUGGAAGGAGAAGAACUUCCCCGACCCUGUUGAGAUGACCAAUGAUGUUGCCGCUAAUGGCAGAAAGAUGGUCGUCAUUGUCGAUCCCCAUCUCAAGAGGGAUGAUAACUACCCUGCAUUCAAACAAGCUUCCGAACUUGGCAUCCUUGUUAAGCCAAAAUCUGGAGAGGGCGAAUAUGAGGGAUGGUGUUGGCCUGGAAGCAGUUCUUGGACAGAUUUCUUCAACCCUGCCUCAUGGGACUGGUGGAAGGGUAUCUUCAAACCCGAAGGCAAUCCAGACAAAUGGACCUGGACUAAGAGCACAACUGACAUUCAUAUCUGGAAUGACAUGAAUGAGCCUUCCGUCUUCAACGGCCCCGAAAUUACGAUGCCAAAGGACAAUAUCCAUUAUGGAGGAUGGGAACACCGUGAUGUCCACAACAUCAACGGUAUGCUCUACUCCAAUUUGACCUACCAAGCAGUGGCAGAACGAACAAACCCUCCAAUGAGGCCCUUCGUCUUGACUCGUGCAUUCUUCGCAGGAUCUCAACGCUUUGGCGCGAUGUGGACUGGAGACAAUCUUGGUACAUGGGAGCACAUGGCCGUUGGGAUAAAGAUGGUGUUGGCUAACGGCCUAGGAGGCCUCAGCUUUGCAGGAUCUGACGUUGGUGGUUUCUUUGGAAACCCUGAGCCGGAGAUGCUAGUUAGGUGGUAUCAAGUUGGCGCGUUUGCUCCGUUCUUCAGAGCUCACGCCCACAUCGACACUAAGCGUCGCGAACCGUUCCUGUUGGAUGAGCCUUACAAGUCGAUUGUCAAGGAUAUUCUACGCCUUCGUUACACCUUGCUGCCUGUGUGGUACACCGCGUUCCGCGAGACAACCGUUACUGGAAUGCCAAUCUUGAGGCCUCAGUUCAUUAUGUUCCCUAAGGAUAAGGCUGGCUUCGACAUUGACGACCAAUAUUAUAUUGGAUCAACUGGAUUACUUGUCAAACCUGUCACAGAAAAGGGAGCCACAGAGGCGAAGGUCUACCUCGCUGAGGAUGAAGUAUACUAUGACUACCUUACCAAUCAAGCUUACCGCGGCGCCGCCAAAGGAAAGGAAAUCACCGUCCCUGCUGCCCUCCACCAGUUGCCCCUCUUCCUGCGCGGCGGUUCCAUUCUCGCCACGCGCGAACGCCCAAGGCGGGCCUCAUCGCUCAUGAAGCGUGAUCCAUUCACCCUCAAGAUUGCACUGAGCAAAUCUGGCAGCGCGCGCGGCGAACUCUACCUCGACGAUGGCGAGUCGUACAACCACAUGCAGGGCGACCUCAUCUGGCGAGAGUUCUCAGCGAAGGAGCACGGCAAGCACGGGCUGCGCAUCUCAAGCGCGGAUCUUGCUGCUGCGAAGCCAGACGAAGCGGUUGACGGCGUUGCGCUCAAGACCUAUAAUCCGGCAAACGAGUUUGUGAAGAGUGUUGCAGAUGUCCGUGUGGAGAAAAUAGUGGUGUUGGGCCUGCGCAGUAAGCCGCGCAGCGUUAAAGUGCAGGGCGGCGGUGAGCUUGUGUAUGAGUAUACCCCUGGUGUUGCCGCCAGCGACAAGAAGGGUGGAAGCCCUAGUGUCUUGGAGAUCAAAGAUCCUAGAGUUUUGAUCAAAGAGGAUUGGAGCAUUGUAAUCGAUUAA